GAAGGUGGCUAAUGAAUAGAUGGUCGUUAAAUUAUGGGAACAACAACAAGUUUGUCAACAACUACUUCAAGCACCUCUUGUGGCAAAGGAUUUACACUAGUAAAGGAAGUAGAAACUGCAUGUAUGGAAAAAUCUAUCUCAACACAUAUGAUACACAUGCCAGAAUCAUCACAA